AUGCAGCGGAUUGUUAGUGGGAAACAAGCUAGUAUAUUAGACAAAUCGCUUAGCAGAGGUAAAACAGAGUAUGACGUGGUGAAAAUCGAAAAAUCUAUUCAGGUAAACCUAUCGUCAUUUGCCUUAUUGUUUGCGGAGAUGAUACGAUACGCUAACAAUCGGUCUAAUACAGUUAGUGAUCUGCAAGAUAAACUUGCGAGGUACGGAAAAUUUGUCGGCAGCCGAUUACUAGAUAUUAUUGUGUUACGUGAGAAGGGUUAUAAGCGUGAAACAAAGCUUUUGAAUAUGCUGAUGUUUGUUAAAGGGACCAUUUGGAAGAAUUUAUUCAAUAAAGAAGCUGAUAAGUUAGAACGAAGUAAUGAUGAUCCAUGCCAAUAUUUAUUGAUAGAAAAGGAACCAAUCGUCAAUACCUAUAUAUCUGUUCCGAAAGAUAAAGGAAAUUUGAACUGUGCAUCGUUUGUUGCUGGUAUCAUUGAAGCCGUUUUAGAGGUUAAAACUUUUUGUCUAAAAUUGUAUAUCUUUAUUCUGUAUUCUGACACUGUGUUUAAUUUUACGUUCGAAAGAGAUAUGCAUCAGUUGUUUCAGGCUAGUAAUUUUCCUUGUAAAGUUAGUGCGCAUUGGCAUGAUGGUACUACUUAUAUAAUACAGUUUGAUAGGCUUGUUAUUGCUCGAGAGAAUGCUGUUUUGGAGUCGACGCGAUACAAACGUUCUUUGUUAGUAAUGUGUAGAAGCUGGUCGCUAACGGAUGUGAAGUGGUACACUGUAGGAUUGAAUACUGAUAAGGAACCAGCAACUUCCCAAACGGGUACUUUUUGUCUGAAGAAGAUAGAUUUAGUACCAGAACGACUACAUCGUCAUCUCUUUGACGGUUGUGGUGUCUCAGACGCUGUUUUGAAGAAUGAUCCAUUCAAGUCGCUUGAAUUACCAUGUUUGGAAGGUUCUGAUCUUUUGAAUCAUUUCAUGAACAUUGCUGCCAAACAGUUCAAACCUUAUCAGUGUCUUCUCCUUGAAGCAGCUAACUUAAAAAAUUUACCAUCUCCACCAAAGGAAUGGGUGUUUAGAUCCGGUUGGACCAAAUAUACAGAAGUUGAAGGACCAGUGAAAGUGGAUUGUCCACUUGAAGAUUUGAUAUUUUUCGAUGUUGAGGUGUGUGUUCGUGAUGGUCUGUUACCGACACUUGCCACUGCAGCAACACCUAGUGCAUGGUAUUCUUGGUGCAGUAAUCGGCUUGUUAAUGGUGAAGAUAUUCCUAAACUCUAUCGUUUACAUCAUUUGAUUCCUUUUGAAGUGGAUACGAACAAUCUAAGGCAUCGAUUGAUCAUAGGACAUAACGUACCAUUUGAUCGAUCCAGAGUGAAAGAACAGUAUUAUAGGGAAGGAACGAAAAUCCGAUUUUGGGAUACUAUGUCAAUGGCAAUACCCAUAUACGGAAUGGCUGAUCAUCAAGUUGCUCUUUAUGAAAAAAGAGAUACAGAAAUUGAUGAUUCUGGACCGAUUGGUUGGAUCGAUUAUUGGCGAUCGCGAGUAUGUAGGAAUUCGCUAAGUGCUUUACACGAAAAGUUAUGCAGCAAGACUUCGUCGAUGUCCUUGAACAAAUCAUUUCAAACGUUUUUUAAGAAAGAGCCAGUUGAGGAAAUUCGUCGUUCAUUCCAAGAGUUAACAACAUAUUGUGCGUACGAUGUCAUUGCUUGUUACGAACUAUACCAAGCUUUAUACCCUCACUUCUGUAAAAGAUUUCCUCAUCCGGCAACGUGGAUAGGAAUGCUUGAAGUUGGCAAUGUUUAUUUACCUAUCACAAAAAAUUGGCGUAAAUUUUUCGAUCACAACGAAACCCGAGCCAAGGAUGAAAAUAGAGCCGCUGCCAUUGGAGUGAUGCGCGCAGCGAAUGAAUUAGCAAAAAAGUUGAAUGAAUCAACUCAACUGCACAAAACUGACCCUUGGAUGUGGUCAGUAGACUGGAAUUAUAGUAAACAGCAAAAAUCGCCUAUAUGGUACGAAUCAUUGCUGCGCUCUAAAAGCUUUGUUGAUACACCAGUUGAAAAGAUAAGACAGGAAGACGUUAAACUAAAAAGCCGAAUAGUACCUCGUUUAUUUGGACUUUGUUGGGGGCCAUAUCCGCUACAUUAUAAAACAGAUCAAGGCUGGGGGUUUCUGGUUCCAAAAGAUCCGCACGUUAAUUAUUCAUCUGUGCCAGAAAUGGAUGAAGUUGUAUUAAGACGAGGUGUUAAAGUUGAAAUUCCUGUGAGGGCAAUUCUUCGUGUCAUACAACAAAAUAUUAUUGAAGGUGUCGGUGAUGUUCUUCUAAAACAACCUCAUUCCACUAUUAGUAUUUUUAAUUUUUAUAAACUGCCACACCCUGAUCGUGAACUAAAUAAUGUUGGUGAUCCUAUUGCAAAGGCAUUUCAUUUGGAAAUCGAUGAAGGGGUGUUAUGGCCCAUGCGUUACAAGGCGGAAUUUUGGGAUUUGUAUAAAGCAAGAAAUACAACGCGAUUUUGGGGAAAUUAUAGGGAUCGCUUCCAAGAACAGGUAGCAAUUUGGUUAGAUGAAGAAGGUGAGGAAGGAGCUAUUGCACCAUCAAUAAUUCCAUUUGGUACAAUAACCAGACGAGCUGUUCACAAACUUUGGUUAACAGCUAUAAAUCAGAAAGAUGAUCAAAUGAUAGGCACAAACUUGAAGUCGAUGGUCGAAUGUCCUCAAGAUUGGUACAUUGUUGGUGCAGAUGUUGACUCGCAGGAACAGUGGAUUGCUGCACUGCUCGGGGACUGUUGUGUAAGCAAAGGAAUUGCUGGUGCAACUCCUUUUAGCAAUAUGCUUUUAGCGGGUUCCAAGCUUGAUCAUAGUGAUCUGCACAGUGUUGUUGCGAAGGAAGUUGGCAUCAGUAGGGAUAAGGCAAAGAUAUUGAACUAUGCGCGACUCUAUGGUGCUGGUAUAGCACAUGCAGUUGAUUUUCUCAAACAGUCUGGUAUGGAUGCUAAGAAAGCAAUGAGCGUUAGUGAUAAGCUGUUUUCUACAACUAAAGGCAAACAGUUCAAUUUUCUGAAGCUUAAUGAUGAGUACAGUGAGUACUUUCGUUGGUACGUUGAUAACGCAUGUGCUUCAAAUCUACAAUCUUAUUACAUAUAUGCAAAUGGAAGCUAUUUCUUGCCUGAGUAUCGAAUUCGUCGAGGGAAACUAACGACAGACUUUGAAGAUUGGUUGUAUGAAAAAAUAAGGCAAAAGUUGUCCCAAAACACGCAUGUUGCGAGUGAAUUUAAUAAAAGCUGGCUACUUGACCGAAUGUAUGACAGAUUUAAAGAGUACCAUCUUUACAGUGGAGGAUUAAGUUUCAGUGAAUCUGAUACAUUUAAUUAUUUGGAACUGGUAUUGAAUGAUGCCAAUCCAUCUACUCCGAUUUUGAACUGCCAGCUUGGUUAUUGUUUGACUCCAUUAUCGGAGAACGUUAGAGAUCAUGAAUAUUUUUUGAAAAAAUAUCGACGUUCCAUCAUCAAUUGGGUGGUGCAGUCGAGCGCUGUUGAUUUUCUUCAUCUGCUAAUAGUGUGUAUGAAUUGGCUGUGUACUAUUUAUGAUAUUAAAGCUCGCUUUGCUUUAUCGAUUCAUGAUGAAAUCAGGUACAUUGUUCCAGCAAAAGAUCGUUAUAGAUGUGCUCUAGCAUUGUCUUUGAGCAAUAUGUACGUGCGUGCAAUGAUUUCCCAAAAAUUGGGUAUCAAUCAACUUCCAUUGUCAGUUGCAUUCUUCAGUCAGGUUGACAUAGAUCGCGUACUACGGAAAGAAGUCACUUUAGAAUGCAAGACUCCAAGUGGUGAAUCCAUUCAACCAGGUGAAGCGCUGGAUAUAAAUGCUAUCUUGGAAAAAACUGGUGGCACAUUAAGAAAGAAAAGGAACAUUUAA